AUGAUAACUGGUGAAGCGGGGGAGGGUCACGCCAUACCUAAUCCUAAACCAGGCUCGGAUGUGACUCCUCACAAUGUCGCGAUUCCCUCGACCGUCAAGGCCAAAGGUGUUCCAACGAUCAUCCCGGGAGGUGAGAUGGUUGUUACUACCAUCAUCUCUUUUGAAGACGAAGAGUGGGAGAAAGAGGACGUCGAUCACCUUGGCGGUAGUGAUGUCGCCGUGGAUGAUGCCUUCCAGGAUCAUGAUAAGGAUGGGUCAGCUUUUCCUCCUCACGAACUGGCCUUGGAGCCUCCAGUUCUUACUGAAGGGGUGCUGGUUCGAGAAGAGGAGGCACCGAUUCUGGGAGAGGAGGGGUCGCUUCUAGGAGAGGCUUCCCUUCAGGAAGGGAAGUCGUCAAUUCGAGAAGAGGCUUCCCUUCAAGAAGAGGAGUCAUUGAUUCGAGAAGAGGCACCAGCUCAGGUAGAGGAGGCGCCGAUUCAGGAAGAGGCACUUACUCAGGGAGAGGAGGUGCCGAUUCAAGAAGAGGCACCUACUGAGGGAGAGGAGGCAUCGAUUCAAGAAGAGGCACCUACUCAGGAAGAGGAGGCAUUGAUUCAAGAAGAGGCACCUACUCAGGAAGAGGGGUCCCCGACUCAAGAAGAGGUGCCUAUUCAGGGAAAGGGAGCCUCACACCAAACAGCAGCACUGACCGGAGGAGACGCGAUGAUUCAAGACGAGGAGGCCGCCCAAGGAGAACCAUUGACUCAGAGGAUCGUCGUAACCGGCAUUCAGGUCCAAGUUCAGCCUGCUAAAGGUGCUCCUCUUUCUCUUGCCUCUCGUUUCAACAAAAGAGUACUGGAGCGGACCAUCGAGAAUUUUCAAACCUGCCUCCGCGAUAGUAUCCAAAUAGUUUUAGAUGAAGGAUGUUCUUUUGACCAGUUUAGGCCAUACUUGCACAUGUAUCUGGACGAACCACGCAUGCUGACAGGUGGAGAUGCGGCUUCUCCCUUCCAAAGGUGCUUGAAAGCGGGGGAAAGGGAUGUCCAGGAAUUACUCGCCCUUUGUUCCAAGGAUACGGUUGCCCUGGCUGCUAAAAAUGGUCAAUCUAUUAUGAAGGAACAUGAGCAAUGCCUAGAUGAGACCAUGCCCGAGGAGACCAGACUGUUGAAAGAGGUAGAGAGAGCUACUGUCGCAGGCGAGGUGGUGGUCAAGGAGCAUUGGAAGACUAGCACCUUUUUGGCUGAUGCGACCCAAUCCAUAUCAAAUGCAAAGCAUACCAUCGGCAAGCUGCAAUCUUUUUUGGUUGUUAUGGAGUCAACUCAUGAACAGAUGUUGAAAUACCUAGAGGAGAUUAAGAAUCGGCAGCAGCUGAUUAUAGCCGAAUUCGAGGAGAAAAGUCAAGAUCUAGAAGCGGUGAGGCAUAAGCUCCACAACACCGUCUCACUCACCGAGGAAGACAUUCAUCAGAAGGUCCUCACCACCUUGGAUCGGGAGCACAAGAGAAGGAUUCGAGAUGUCGAGUCGCGAUUGAAGAGGUUUUGA